CAUUUGGGAGCCAGAAGUGUAACUGAGGCCCACCCAGUGGGCGAUUCAUUAGAGCCCUCCACCUCCCUGGACCCUAGCUGGGUUCCCCACUCUGGACCUCCGGGGCCACAGAACAUCCCCCCUGCCCUUCCCCAGGCCUGGGCAAGGUGCCGCCCCGGACUUCUGCAAUCUUAACCGCUGUGGCUGUGCUUCCUGGUGGCCCCGCCUGCUCCCCUCUGACCUGCCCAGUGCCACAUUAAGGCACUUCCUCCAUAGGCUGGCCACCAUGGUGCCUUUGGGGCCACUGCCCAGGGCCUGCUGGACUCCGCUCAUCUCUCUGCUUCUGGUCUGCUGCCUGCUGCCUCCAGGUGCCCAGGGGCAGGCGUUCCGGCUUCGGGUGGAGCCCCAGAACCCGGUGGUGCCUGCUGGAGGGUCCCUCUUGGUAAACUGCAGUACAGAUUGCCCCCAACCUGAACUCAUCAGCCUGGAGACAUCCCUGUUCAAGGAGGAAGCGGGCGAAGGCCUGGGCUGGAAGGCCUACUGGCUCAGCAAUGUGACCAGUGACAGUGAGAUCUUCUGCUCCGGCAUCUGCAACGGCUCGCAGAUGUCAGACUCCUCUGACAUCACAGUGUACCAGUUUCCGGAGCGUGUGGAGCUGGCACCCCUGUCCCCCUGGAAUCCUGUGGGCAAAAACCUCACCUUGCGCUGCAGGGUGGCAGGCGGGGCACCCCGGGCCAAACUCUCCGUGUUGCUGCUCCGUGGGGAGGAGGUGCUGAGCCAGCAGCUGGCGGUUGGAGAAGUCACCACCACGGUGCUAGCCAGCAGAAAUGAUCAUGGUGCCAAUUUCUCUUGCCGCUGGGAACUGGACCUGCGGUCCCAAGGGCUGGGUCUGUUCCAGAACAGCUCAGUCCCCAGGCAGCUCCGAACCUUCGUCCUGCCAGUGACGCCUCCGCGUCUCUUCGCUCCCCGGUUCUUGGAGGUGGGAACAUCCCAGGCCGUGAACUGCACCCUGGACGGGCUGUUUCCGGCCUCAGAGGCCCAGGUCCAACUGGCGCUGGGGGACCAGAUGCUGAAUGCCACAGUCGAGAGCUACGGUGACACGCUGACGGCCAGCACCACAGCCACAGCCACCGCGGAGCUGGAGGGGGCUCAGGAGAUUGUCUGCAAUGUGACCCUGGGAGGCGAGAGCCAGGAAACUCAGGAGAAUUUGACCAUCUAUAGCUUCUGGGGGCCCGUCUUGAACCUGAGCCAGCCCACCGUCCGUCAGGGGACCAUAGUGAAUGUGACUUGCGCUGCUGGAGCCCGAGUCCAGGUCACGUUGGAUGGAGUUCCCGCUGCAGCCCCGGGACAGCUCGCGCUGCUUCAGCUAAAUGCCACUGAGAGGGACGACAGACGCAGCUUCUUCUGCAGUGCGGCCCUCGAGGUGGAUGGGGUGGUCUUGCACAAGAACAGGAGCGUCCAGCUGCGUGUACUGUAUGGUCCCAAGAUUGACCCGGCCAAAUGUCCUCAGCACUUGAUGUGGAAAGAAAGAACGACCCAAAUCCUUCAGUGCCAAGCCCAGGGCAACCCAGAUCCCCAGCUACAGUGUUUGCACAAAGGCUCCAUGGCCCAGGUCCCCAUCGGGAUCCCAUUCCGAGUCAGGUUAAACUACAGUGGUACCUACCACUGCCAGGCGGCCAGCUCACAGGGCAUAUACACUGUCACUGUGGUGAUGAAUGUUCAAGAGCGGAACCCCAUCACCAUUACCAUCAUCAUAGCAGUGUUGACCAUCCUGGGCUUUGUGGCUGCCAUCCCGGCCUCAAUUUACGUCUUCGGGGUGCACAAGCGUAGAGACAUCUACCAUGUGAAUCAGGGAAACGCCGGGUUUCCCCUCACAUCUAAAACGGCUGAGGAGCCUCUGGGGGAACCACCAUCUUGAGCCUCCAGCCAAAGAUGAC